UCUUUCUUCUUUCUUUGCCCUUAUAGAGAGAGAGAAGAUAGAUAGAGAGAGAGAGAGAGAGAGAGAGAGAGAGUAAGAGGGAUCUUCAAUAUUGAAGGUUGGGGUUUUCGCUAAAAAGAUCUCUCUUUCUCUCCUUUUGUUUGAUCAACUUUGGAUCCAACGGGACAAGAACUAUUACGGUUUCUGAGAGAUUUACACUGGGCUGGCUUUUGUGAAGAAUUUGUGAUCAGGGGUUGACUUAAUUUUGCGGUGGUUCUUUUGAAUUGACUGUGAAAAAGAUAAGGAAGAAGAAGAAUGGGUAGAUCAGAUGAGAAUAGCCUUGGAUUAAUCGGAUCAAUGAAUCUCCAAGGCGGAGGAGGAGGAGGAAAGAUCAAGACCACGGGGACGACAGGACCGACCAGAAGAGCACUAAGUACCAUUAACAAGAACAUCAUUGAAGCGCCGUCUUACCCUUAUGCUGUUAACAAGAGAUCAGUCUCUCAGAGGGAUGGCAUCUGUAAUAAACCACCUGUGCAUCGACCAAUUACUAGGAAGUUUGCUGCUCAGUUAGCAGAUCAGAAGCCACAAAUCCAUGAAGAGGAAACUAAGAAACCAGACUCGGUUUCAAGUGAAGAGCCUGAGAGGAUUGUCAUUGACGUGGAUGAUUGUGAUGAGGAAGAAGGAGGCGACUUUCAUGAACCAAUGUUUGUACAACACACCGAAGCAAUGCUGGAGGAGAUUGACAUGGAGCAGAAGGAGAUUGAAAUGGAAGAUGCAGAUGAAGAAGAAGAGCGUGUGAUCGAUAUUGACGCCUGUGAUGAGAAGAAUCCUUUAGCCGUGGUUGAAUAUGUGAAUGAUAUGCAUACUUUCUACAGGAAAUCUGAGAAUCUUAGUUGCGUGCCUCCUAACUACAUGGACAAUCAACAAGAUCUUAAUGAGAGAAUGAGAGGAAUCCUCAUUGACUGGUUAAUUGAGGUGCACUACAAGUUUGAGCUGAUGGAGGAAACUCUUUAUCUCACAAUCAAUGUCAUCGACAGAUUCCUUGCAGUUCACCAGAUCGUGAGGAAAAAGCUUCAGCUAGUUGGAGUUACUGCGUUGUUGCUUGCUUGCAAAUACGAAGAAGUGUCAGUUCCAGUAGUGGAUGAUCUCAUCUUGAUCUCUGACAAAGCUUAUACUAGAAGAGAAGUGCUAGAUAUGGAGAAGCUAAUGGCCAAUACCUUGCAAUUCAAUUUCUCUUUACCAACUCCAUAUGUUUUCAUGAAACGAUUUCUCAAAGCUGCCCAAUCUGACAAAAAGCUUGAGGUUUUGUCGUUCUUUAUGAUCGAGCUUUGCCUUGUGGAGUAUGAGAUGCUGGAGUAUCUUCCAUCUAGGCUAGCGGCCUCAGCAAUAUACACUGCUCAGUGUACACUUAAGGGAUUUGAAGAAUGGAGCAAAACCUGUGAGUUUCACACAGGCUACACGGAAGAACAGCUAUUGGCAUGUGCAAGAAAGAUGGUUGCUUUUCAUCACAAGGCAGGAACAGGGAAGCUCACAGGAGUUCACAGGAAGUACAAUACAUCUAAGUUCUGUCAUGCUGCAAGGACUGAACCAGCUGGGUUUCUGCUUUAAUGGAGGAAAAAACUAUAAUAAGAAUCUAAUAUGACUUAACUCGAGUUUGUUCUUUUUGAAACUAAAAAAAGUGAGGGAGAAAAGAGAGAUAGAGCAACUGAAGUUGCCCAAAUGGGAGAUGUACAAUUGUUGUUUCGGUUCUUCUCUUUUAAAGGUCUUUUGAUCUUUCUUCACUUAAGAGAGAAAUAAAAAGAUGCAAUCAAUCUUUUGGAUAUCA